UACAGGAGAUGACCAGAGACUGCGGACACAGUACAGGAGAUGACCAGAGACUGUGGACACAGUACAGGAGAUGACCAGAGACUGCGAACACAGUACAGAUGACCAGAGACUGCAGACAGUACAGGGGAUGACCAGAGACUGCAGACAGUACAGGGGAUGACCAAGAGACUGCAGACCUUUGGGGAGGGAGGGGGAGCGGUGUGGGCACCCGGCUGUGACAGCCGGGUGCCCACUGCGCAUGCGCAAGAAGUGCUGCACUUUGUGAAUGGCCCAGUGUCUUCU